AUGAUUCAACCUCAAACCCGUUUGAAUGUAGCGGAUAAUAGUGGAGCCCGAGAAUUGAUGUGUAUUCGAAUUAUAGGAGCUAAUAAUAAACGAUAUGCUUCUAUUGGUGAUAUUGUUGUUGUUGUAGUAAAGGAAGCAGUACCAAAUACGUCCUUAGAAAGAUCAGAAGUGAUCGAAGCUGUAAAUGUACGUACUUGUAAAGAACUCAAACGCAGUAACGGUAUAAUAAUACACUAUGAUGAUAAUACUGCGGUUGUUAUUGACCAAAAGGGAAAUCCAAAAAGAACUCGAAUUUUUUGUGCAAUCACCCGUGAAUUGAGACAUUUAAAUUUUGUGACUGUUACAGAUGUUCGGGGUCAGGUGAUUUCUUGGUCCUCCGCCGGUACUCUUGGGUUCAAAGGUACUCGGAGGGGAACACCAUUUGCAACUCAAAUCGCAGCAGGAAAUGCUAUUAGAAUGGUUGCGGAUCAAGGCAUGCAACAAGCAGAAGUCAUGAUAAAAGGUCCCGGUCUCUGA